GGUAGACUGACCAGAGUCCCCUUCUCCUGUUUUUGGUUCCACCUCCUCCUGCCCCGCGCGCAAAACACGCACACAUCGCCACCAUGAGCACCUCCAUCACGCAGUUCGUCAACCCCCCGGCUCCGGUUGUCUGCUUCGCCUACAACAAGGAUCGCACCAUGAUCGCCAUCUCGGCCAACUCCGAGAAGGUCUUCAUCUACCGCCGCAACGGUGCCAACUGGGACACCUCGGCUCCGGCCUUCGUGCUGGCCGAGCACGACAAGCUGGUGACCGGCAUCGACUGGGCCCCGGAGUCCAACCGCAUUGUCACCUGCUCGCAGGAUCGCAACGCCUACGUCUGGUCCUUCGAGGAUGGUGUGGCCUGGCGCCCGAAGCUGGUGCUGCUGCGCAUCAACCGCGCGGCCACCUGCGUCCGCUGGUCGCCGGAUGAGCGCAAGAUCGCCGUUGCCUCCGGCGCGCGCACCAUCUCCAUCUGCUACUUCCAGCCGCAGCACGACUGGUGGGCCUGCCGUCACAUCAAGAAGCCCAUCCGCUCGACCAUCCUCUCGCUGGACUGGCACCCGAACUCGGUGCUGGUGGCGGCCGGCUGCGCGGACUUCACCGUGCGCGUCUUCUUCGCCGGCAUCAAGGAGGUUGAGACCGCCCGGCCGGAGCCCACCCCCUGGGGCUCGAAGCUGUCCUUCGACACUUGCUACCAUGAGUUCCGCGGUGCCUGCGGCACCAGCGCCUGUGGCUGGGUCCACUCGGUCAAGUUCUCGCCCGAUGGCAACACCCUGGCCUGGGUGUCCCACAGCUCCAGCGUGCACUUCGUCACCAGCGACGAGGGGGCCACCGUGCAGACCGUCAACUUCAAUGGCCUGCCCCAGCGCUCCGUCAUUUGGGCCUCCGACAACAGCGUCAUCGCCGGUGGCCACGAUGCCAACAUCCACCUGUUCACUCGUGGCCAUGAUGGCCAGUGGGCCUACGUCCGUCCGCUGGAUGCCACCGAGAAGAAGUCCUCUUCCGCCGGCCCGGCUUCCGGUGCCUCGGCCGCCAUGAACAUGUUCCGUCAGCUGGACUCCCGCGGCCAGCAGGAGACCGACACCUCCCUGCCGACCGUCCACCAGAACGCCAUCACCCAGCUGUCGCCGUACGAGUCUUCCGGCUCGCGCGUCACCGCCUUCGCCUCCUCCGGCCUCGAUGGCAAGGUGGUCGUCUGGUCCAUCAACUCCAUCGAGUCCUCCAUGGCUGGCCUGAAGAUCGCCUAAGUCGCACCCGCGUGUGUGUGUGUGUGUGUGUGCGCUGUGAAUGUGCACGGCUCCCUUUGUCGUCGGGCGGCAGGGGGAGAGAGGCACCAUGCAUGAGGGUGCGCGUCUGUACGUGUGCGCUGCUUCUUCGCACCCAGGCGUGAAGCCACGGUGAGGGGCGGAGAGAGAGAGAGGGACAACCGAAGAGGGCCAAGCAGCCUGCGGCCUGGUGCCUGCGCGCUCUUUUCCAUCCUCCGGUUUCCCUCUGUCUCUCUCUCUCUCCCGCUCGCUUUCUUCCUCUCUCGCUCACUCUCCUGUCUCCUCUUCUGGCGAUGUGCCUCCGCGCAUGUGCGUGGUAUCAUGUAUGCUGAAUGUAUCUACGUCCCCGCGUGUUCCCAAAAGCGCCCUCGUCUGUGUG